GUAAAGUCUGGAGGCUUCGGGCUUGAUCUGUGUUUGUUCCAAAAGAAAGCCAAGGAGGACGGUGUUAAUAAAGAGAGAUUUAACGGAGAGCUGUGCUUGGAAUAAAGUGGGCUACAAAAAGGUCAAAUUUGAUCAGUUGGAGCAGAUUACAAGGGCUUUCAAAGGUGGUGUGGAGAAAUGAGCCGGGGCUGGGAAGGAAUAUAGCGCCAGAUUGAUCCGGGGGGUGGAGAAAAGCCAGGACAAGUGCUUAUCAAUCCUGGAAGUAAGAAGAGCUGUGCUGGGCGCCCCAUCGCGCUGGCCCGAGCCAAGAAGCCGGCGGGCCGGUUCCUUCCCCUGCACCCACCCCCUUCCCCUCCUCUCGGAUUGGAUUCGCCUUCAGCUGCCUCUUAGACAAUGGAUUCCUUAAUCUCUGACUUGGAUCCACUCAAAGACUGGAAAGUUUUAAGAGAGACAACCACAGAGUUAGCUGGAAGUCUACCAAGUAACGGCACAGCCAACAAGAUGAACGGCGCUUUGGAUCACUCAGACCAACCAGACCCAGAUGCCAUUAAGAUGUUCGUCGGGCAGAUCCCCCGGUCUUGGUCGGAAAAGGAGCUGAAAGAACUUUUUGAGCCUUACGGAGCCGUCUACCAGAUCAACGUCCUCCGGGACCGGAGUCAGAACCCUCCCCAGAGUAAAGGUUGUUGUUUCGUAACAUUUUAUACAAGAAAAGCUGCACUUGAGGCCCAGAAUGCACUGCACAAUAUUAAAACUUUACCUGGGAUGCAUCAUCCCAUUCAGAUGAAGCCUGCAGACAGUGAGAAGUCAAACGCUGUGGAAGACAGAAAAUUGUUCAUAGGAAUGGUUUCGAAGAAAUGUAACGAGAAUGAUAUCAGGGUGAUGUUUUCUCCGUUUGGCCAGAUCGAAGAGUGCCGGAUCCUCCGGGGACCCGAUGGGCUGAGUCGAGGCUGUGCGUUUGUCACAUUUUCUACAAGGGCAAUGGCACAGAAUGCAAUCAAAGCCAUGCACCAGUCUCAGACCAUGGAGGGCUGCUCUUCACCUAUUGUGGUGAAGUUCGCUGACACUCAGAAGGACAAAGAGCAAAGACGCCUCCAGCAGCAGCUCGCACAGCAGAUGCAACAGCUCAACACUGCCACCUGGGGGAACCUGACGGGUCUGGGCGGACUCACCCCGCAGUACCUGGCGCUUCUGCAGCAGGCCACCUCCUCCAGCAACCUGGGUGCGUUCAGUGGCAUUCAGCAAAUGGCUGGGAUGAAUGCUUUGCAGUUACAGAACCUGGCCACGCUGGCGGCAGCCGCAGCCGCGGCGCAGACCUCAGCCACCACCACCAAUGCAAACCCUCUGUCCACCACGAGCAGCGCCCUGGGAGCCCUCACCAGCCCUGUGGCUGCUUCAACCCCCAACUCCACUGCUGGUGCGGCCAUGAACUCUUUGACCUCUCUUGGGACUCUGCAAGGACUGGCGGGAGCCACUGUGGGGCUGAACAAUAUUAAUGCACUUGCAGGUACCAUCAACAUUGCUCAAAUGCUCUCAGGUAUGGCGGCUCUGAAUGGAGGACUUGGCGCCACGGGCUUGACGAACGGCACAGCGGGCACCAUGGACGCCCUCACCCAGGCCUACUCAGGGAUUCAGCAGUACGCAGCAGCGGCACUGCCCACGCUGUACAGCCAGAGCUUGCUGCAGCAGCAGAGCGCGGCGGGCAGCCAGAAGGAAGGUCCAGAGGGUGCAAACCUCUUUAUUUACCACCUUCCACAGGAGUUUGGAGACCAGGACAUUCUGCAGAUGUUCAUGCCUUUUGGAAAUGUUAUCUCUGCUAAAGUCUUCAUUGACAAACAGACCAAUCUGAGCAAGUGUUUUGGUUUUGUUAGCUACGACAAUCCCGUGUCUGCACAAGCUGCUAUCCAGGCUAUGAACGGCUUUCAGAUUGGCAUGAAACGCUUGAAGGUCCAGCUGAAGCGCUCCAAAAACGACAGCAAACCUUACUGAUCCUAACCCCAGAGGCUCCCUGCUUUGUUUUAGCUUUCUUAGGACAUCUUCAUGCCCGUUAGUUCACCGUUUGCCUAGCAUGUCCCUGUGGCGUCUCAAAAAAAGUUUCAUCGUCCCGUCAUUGUUUCUGAUGUCUUUCUGACCUCACAUCAUAUUUGGUUCUCCUACUGACCUUUGAUCUAGUUUGACCUUUGAAAUUUGCAUGUGACCUCAUCUAGCUAUGAAUUCUGGGAAGUCAAUGUGAAAAACAUUGCUGCAUUCAUGCAAGACUGAAAUUAUUAGAAAAAUUAAUUAUAGUAAAAAAAAACCUGUGGCAAAAAUGUUUCUUUCUUAUUUUUUUCUUUUCAUAAAACAGACUUGAAAGUAUUAUACAGGGAUUGGCAUUCUUCCCGGUCACUGGUAACAAUAGCAAUAUGUGUCCAGGGACACAGAAUGUUGGUUUCUAACAGACUACUUCCAAAAACAGUUUGAGAAAAAAACUGUCUGAUUUUAAGUCUCUAGAGGUCUGUAAUAGUUUUUACAUUUUUCAGGCAGUGUAAAGUUUUUUGAUAAGGCCAUUUUAGGUGGCUCACUUUCUCAUUAAGAUAUAUAUAUAGAACCACUUUUUGUAGAUUAGUAUAAGAAAAAUAUUUACCCUGUUUUGGGGCAAAUGCUACCUAUUUGUGUCACCUUUUGCUGAACUGACUCACAGUUAGACAAUCCAUGGUUUAAUGCACAUGAAAUUACCUAUAUUUUAUACUGUUUCAAUGUACAGGAGAAAGGUUACUGUAAACUGUGUUGCGUUGGUGCUUCUGUGAAUUAAGUUGUGGUUUCAUCAUGAGUCUUAUGGUCUUAAUGUUCUUUGUUGAUAAGACAAGUUUAGAAUUGGUUUACUUAACAAAGAAUUUCAAAACAACAGUUGUUUGCUUAAAAAAUAUUUCAUGUGAGGGGGAAAAAAAAAUCUAUUCCAGAAUAAGUUUUGUGUUGGCUUGUAAAGCAUUGAUGUCAUUUUUUUUUAUUGUGGACUAUUUAGAUGUGUUUGUGUUCAGCAAAAUGUGAUUUUUUUUUUCUUUUAAAGAAAAAAAGUGAAAAUAUAUAGUGCCAAAUUCCAAAGGUACUUCCUUCCUAGAGCUUCGGUGUGUUUCUUGUGAGAAGUAAUUUGAUAACAUGGGUAUUUUAUUAUGUGUUUUGUAUAAAUCCCUGAUAUUUAAAAAACAAAAAACAAAAAAAAGAGGUUAAAAAGUUUGUUAACUUGCUAUCCUGUGGUCUUGUUGCCUGAAAUUGUUAUUGUUUGUUAUUUCUCUAUGAUGUUUUUUGUAAGACAUUGUACAAGUGCCCAUGUCUCACUUUUUUAAUCGCUCUGCACAUCAGUGCUGUGACGGCAGCCUCACCGUGUAUCUUCUUCAUAAUAUAUGGAAACCUCUAAGGUGAGAAAGUUUUGAACUUUUAACCCUUUCUACCCAGAGCUAUCUGGAAUGUUGAUAACUAACUUUUAUACUGUCAUCAUUUUAGUUUGUUUUGGGGUGUUCCCGAUUUGGAUUUUUUACCCUGCAUAUAUCUUCUCUGAGUUGUUUUUUGUCUUUACUGCUUUAUCCUUUGGUUGAGAUCCAAAAGAAAAAAACCCACAAGGCAAAUCUGAAGGAAAAAGAUAUAUGUAUUUUAACCCUUUCUGCUCCCCCUCCUACAUUUUAACAUUUUAUUAUUUCUGUUUUCUUUUUUAAUUCUUAAUGUGCUGCUGGAAUUCCUUCUGUUUAAAAACAGUUUAUUAAAUAAACCUUUUGAGAGGGAUGGUAGAUAGAUUCAGCACCUAAAUAAAUCUUAGAUUCUGUUCUUAGAUUCUGUAUGCUUUUGAGAUCAGAUGUAGUAGUAUGUUCCAGUUUAGAAUAUUUCCAUAUACCUUCCUAUUAAAUGACGUGGUAAUGGGUAGUCUUUUGAGGUAUUUUUGCUUUUGUAUUUUAAAUACUCCCAAUUAAUAUUUCUAAUCAGCCAUUGUGCUGGGGAUCUCUCUGACCCCGGUGGAUACCUCUUAAUACCAAGGUGUCUGGUGGUAGCUGGUAGUCUUUUCCCUAGCUUUUUUUUUUUUUAAUUCAAUGCACGUACUGACCAUAUAAGGAAAACUCAGUUCUUUAUCAAACUCUCUGACCAAAUAAUUCGUACCAGUUCCUGCUGCCACUUUUUGAAGUGCCAUAUUACUUUGACUUCAUGUGAACAGAUCUCUUGCUGUCUUGACAAGUCCCCACGUCACCACUGCAGCCCCCACAAACUGCUGGCUCCCUUCCCUUCCUCCUCGUCCCACUUACCACCCCACUCGGUCUAAUGUGUGUGUGGAUGUGAUAGCCCUGGGAUGGAAAGGACUAGCCUCUAAUAAUGCAAAAAAAAAAAAUUCCCUUCUUAUGGCACAUGCACUUAUAACGAAGUGAUUUGUAUUAUCCUCACACGUGUUUACUACUGCUGGGGCCUUCCUUCAUCCUUUGAGGGCUAUUUUGUACUUCCUGCAGCAAUCAGCUGAAACAAAAGUUACCACACACGUGUCUCAUAUGCAGUAUGUGGUGGUGUGUAGAUACACGAACAGGAACACCAUUUGAGUUAUUCAGACUGUUUCGUUCUGAAUCUCUUCAUUUACCUAUCUCUACAGAGAUCUUGGAAAACAAUUUUUUCUGAUUUCCUCACUGAAGCGAGCUGCCCUCCUCCUGCCCUCUUUUCCUUUCAACCACUGCAUCUCCCCCAGAGGGACUGAGUGCAGUUAACAGGGGGCUCGGGGUGAACACUUUAAUUUGAGUGUUUCUUAUUUUGCAGGCAACCAAGACACAUUUAGGGGGUAAGUCCAUGCUUUCUGGGGUUGGUUGGUUUGGGGUUUUUUGGCAUGUUUCAUUGUUAAGAAGAUGACCCUCCUCAGAGACGAUUUGUCCUUUUAGUCACUUUCUCUUUUAAUGUCAAAAGGAAAAAGCUGCAAGGGUGUGAGGGCCUGUGCGGGAAGAGAAAACACAGGGAAACUGCUUUUUUAAAAAUCAAGUGUAGAGAAUAGUCAUUUUUAAACUAAAUUAGAGAACUGCGAUAAAAUGACAGUCCUCAAGGCGAAACAAGUUCAUCUUUCUUUCACCAUAGGGGUUCUAGUUCUUUGGCUUGUGCUACUCUGGACUCAUUUUACUGUUUGUUUUUAUUAUUAUCUUAAGUGCUAAUUAACAUGAAGAAAUAAAAUCUAAAAAAAAACCUGUAGUUUCAUUACCUUUUUGAAUAAUGUCAUACAAAAAAUGUAUUUGUGUUUUUCUGUGCUGUGAGAAUUGUUGUUGUAGAUUAAUAAUACCAUUUUGUUUAGAAUUAUAAAAUAGUUUUUAAAUAUUGUCUGAGAAAAGCCAAAGUUCCUGCAACCUAGUGGAAACUGUAAGACCACGGAGUAUUGUUUGUGUUAUUGAUGCAUUUGGAUUUUGUUGUUUGAUGGAAUUUGAGCCAAAAAAAUAAUAAUAAUAAUGCAGGCUUUCCUAUUUCUACAACUGAUUGUACUUAUUAUGCAUUUUGUACCAGUGGAACUUUUUAUACUGGAGAUUAAAAAAAUGGAAAUUUUUGUGGCUUACUCUAGUGGGCCCCCUGACAAUGACUGAUUUCAAGUUUGAUUUCUGGUUGAUAGAAAGAGAGUUGCUUUUCUUUUGAGAAUUAAAAACUUUGGCUUGA